ACCACGGUCGAAUGUAGGCCCAGAACCAACCAAAACGCUUGUAUCGCACUUGUUCCGAAACUUCGUAUUUGAUCAGUGAUUUUGCCACUCUCCAGCGGCAAACCCUAAUCUUCCAUUUUCCCGAGAAUCCCCAUUUCGAAACUUUCCCGCACAAUCCCAGAAUCCAAACAACCAAAACUCAUGGGCAAGAAAAGAAACAAGAAGACCCUCGUCUGGAGGCCCAAACCCAAAUCCAGAACCCCCCCAGCCGAAAUGCGAAACUGGCUGGACCUUCCACGGGACGUCACCGUUUCGAUACUCUCGCGACUCAGAGCGGUCGAGAUUCUGGAGGGCGCGCAGAUGGUGUGCAUGGCUUGGCGCAUCAUCUGCAAGGACCCUCUCAUGUGGCGCACCAUCGACAUGGCCAACGAUGCCGAUUACGACGACAUGUUCUACAACUUGGAUGCGAUGUGCCGCCACGCAGUGGAUCGUAGCUGUGGCGGUCUGGUCGAUGUCAAUAUCGAGCACUUCGGCGACGACGAUCUGCUUAAGUAUAUCACUGACAGUUGCGGUGGGAUCAGACGCCUCCGGCUAGUUAGUUGCUAUAGCAUAUCACGCGUGGGGUUGGGUAAGGUGGCUUCGAAGCUUACUCUGUUAGAGGAGCUUGAGAUCUAUGUAUGCAAUCUGUCACGUACAUCUCUAGAAAUGGUUGGGCGCUCUUGCCCUCUUUUGAAGUCAUUCAAAUUGAACAGGCCCGAAUUUUCGGUUUAUGGGAUCAGUGGGUUUGGUGCCUAUGAUGGAUUUGAUGAUUGGAAUGAUGAUGAGAAUGGUGAUGAGAAUGGUGGCCCUGUGAUUGAUUCUUUCGGGAAAGAUGAUGAAGCGCUUGCUAUAGCAGGAACGAUGAAUGGUUUACACCACCUUCAACUUUUCGGGAAUCGGCUCACCAAUGAUGGCUUGAGUAAGAUUCUUGAUUGUUGUCCUCAUCUUGAGUCACUUGAUCUGCGCCAUUGUUUCAAUCUUGAUCUGAAGGUAGCUUUGGGAAAAAGAUGUGCUGAACGAAUUAAACAGUUGCGCCUUCCCAAUGAUUCCAUUGAUGACUAUGAAUUUCGUACUGCACCAUGUGACUAUGGAUUUUAUAAUGAUUCUGAGGACUUUGACUGUGAUGAUGAUUAUCCUUAUGAUUUUAAUGGAUACUACUCGGAUGAUAGUGAUUUCUAUGAUGAUUUUACCAAAAUUCGAUUCUCUGACCUGUUUUGAAUUCGAGACCGUCUAGCAGCUGAAAUCUGGGAAACAGAGAGUAGUAUUGAAUUUGGAGGGAGAGUGAGAGCUGAAACUUUUUGGAUUGCCCUUGUAAACUUGCUGUUUUAUGAGAACAAUGUCAAGUUUUCUAUUUUGAUCAUGGAAAGUUGGUUGAUUAU